AUGCUAGCCGAGUAUCCCGCCAUCCCUAUUCUCGGCUUCAUCUCAUCCACGCUCCUUCUUUUAGUCCUCUUAACGAGCAUCGAGCGCCGAUCGUGGAACUUCGGGCUCACUGUGCUCUCUUUCUGCAUCUGCGUUGAGAACUUCUUCGGAUCGAUUGAAACUAUCAUUUGGAGGAACGAUGCGGAGAUUCGAUAUUACGGGUUCUGCGACUUCAUCUCGCACUGGCAGAUGUUCACAUCCGUUGUCAAGCCUGCCGCCACGCUCGUCAUCACGCGCAGCUUGCACAACAUCGCAUGCAUGCGGAGCUUGGAGAAGACGGCGCGACAGAAACGAUUCGAGGUUGCGUUCAACGUCCUACUGCUGAUUGUGAUACCAGCGUUGGUGGCUGGCCCCAUAUACUAUAUUCAUCAAGGGUACCGCUUCAUAGUCUUCGAAGGAUAUGGCUGUACCAACACAAUGAACUCGACCAUCUUCGAACUGCUCACCGUUCAAUCAUGGCGCACUCUGUUUCCUCUAUAUUCCGUAUGCGUCUACUGCCCUCGCAUACUCUGGACGUUUUGGAAGCAAAACCGCUCGGUCAACCGUUUUCUGGCGUCAAAUGGGGAAGUCUCGCGCAGUCGCUUCCUGCGGGUCUUGGCCAUUGGGAGUCUCGACAUCGUUAUCACUCUACCGCAGGGCAUAGUCAAUACCGUCAAUACCGUCCUCGUCCUCUUGCAAGACCAAAAGGAGCAUCUCUCAAUAUGGUACCCCGGCUGGAAGUUCGUGCACACAAAUUGGGAUCCCAAGCCUAUAACCCUGGAGUACCUUUGGUCAACCGAGAUUGGGUCGGUCAGGACUAGCGUCAACUACGACGUGUGGACGAGCCUCUUAUUCGCUUUUGCCAUCUUCGCGUUGUUCGGGCUGACCAAGGCGGCAAGAGAGUCGUACUGGCGCGUGACGUGUCGCGGUGCAAAGCUCUUUGGGUAUGAUCUGGCAUCCCGAGCUAGCGAGCGUCCGAUGCUCUCCUCCAUAGUGUUUGGGCGACGCACUCGUAGGACGGAAACUAGCGGAGCAGGUACUCAGUUUACCAUCUUCGUUGAUGUUGCGAGUGCUGUGAGGAGGAAUCCUCCGAUCGGCGAUGCUGAGGCUGGGCGUUCCGUGCCACAUCAUUCCCGAGCUAGCUUGGACGAGUCCGAGUAUAGUGACACCGCCUCGACACUACCAUCAUACAGGUCGAGUUAUGACUCGAGCAAAACGCCCAGUCCAUGCUACGAGCUUGUUACCCACAGGGACUUGACGUCUUCAUUCAGCUCGUUAACACCCUCAUAUCAUACUAGUCCAAUUGAACCUCCCUCUCCUGUGCAUCUUUCCCCCACACGCCCUUGA